UCUUGCAUAGAAUCGAUAGUGUGUGUCUGCAGGUGUCAACAGAAAAUAUUAAAACGUAAACAAUAAUCAGGACCCAACGAAUAAGAGUCGAUUCCUCACAGUUUUAGGCAGAGAAAGGACUACACAAUGUUAAGGCGAAUAUUACAGAUGACUCCUGGAAAAGGAGGUUCCCAAAGCUCAGAGUCCGAGCAGCAGCCUUCUGCCGACAUGAAUAACGAGUCUUCAGAGGGUUUCAUUUGUCCUCAGUGUAUGAAGUCUCACAACUCUGCAGAGGAGCUCUUUAAACAUUAUGAGGUUUUCCAUGAUACUGGAGAUCAACCUUCUCACUUAAGUGCUGGCAGGGAGGAUCUAGGCCUUCUUCGACAGGAAGUCCAAGAUUUACAAGCAUCAUUGAAGGAAGAACGCUGGUUUUCUGAGGAGUUAAAAAAAGAAUUAGACAAAGUGCAAGGACAACUAGCGACUAAUAAAGGCUCACAGAGUGAUGGUACAAGUGUAGAAGACUCAGAGCUUGAAAUGAGGCUCAACGAGUCAGAAACUGAGAAGUUUAACUUAAAACAAUUGAAAGACAUGUUUGAACAGAAAGCUGCCCAGCUCGCCACUGAGAUAGUCGACAUCAAAUCUCGUUACGAUGAGGAGAAGAGCAUGAGAGAAGCACUGGAGCAGAGGCUGACCAGUCUGAACCAAGAUCUGCAGAGAGAAAGACAGGAGAAGGAAAAAUUGUCGGCAGAGCUGCUACAAAGGCCUGGAGUGGAGGACGUGGAGGUGUUGAAGAAAGAGCUGGUGCAGGUGCAGACGCUCAUGGACAAGAUGACACAGGAGAGGGAGGAGGAGUCUGAGCGCCUUAAGAGCCAAUACGAACAGCUGCAGGCCAACUUCACUACCUCAGAGACAACGAUAGCACAGCUGAAGGCAGAACUUGAGAAAGGACCUCAAGAGGCAGCAGUCUACACUCAACAGAUCCACCAAUUACAAAGCAACCUGAAUAACUUACAGCAACAGACUCAGCAAUUGUCAGAGAAGUUAUCUCGUAAAGAGAAGGAGAAUCAGGAGCUUGAUGAGCGUCUGGGUCAGGAGCAAUCCUCUAAGAAGAGUCUUCAGGCCAGCUUGCAUCAGAAGGACCUGGAGCUCCAGGAGAGCCAAGCCCGGGCUUCAGCAGGCGAUGCGGCCCUAACCCGGGCCCAGGCCGAACUGAAUGAACGCGGCGAGGAGGCUGCUCGACUCAGAAGCGAGCUCAGCGAGCUGGAGAAGAACCACCAGGUGGUAAAGGCAGAGAAGAAACAACUCCAGCAGCAAAGGGAGGAUAAGGAGAACCAAGGCCUGCAGCAGCAGAGUGAGAUCAGCCAGCUUCAUGCCAAGCUGUUGGAUGCAGAGCGUCAGCUGGGGGAGCUACAGGGCCGGCUGAAGGAACAGAGGCAGCUGUCAGGAGAGAAACUGAAAGAUCGAGAACAGCAGGUGGCAGACCUGCAGCUUAAACUGUCCCUGCUGGAAGAACAGUUAAAGGAGGGCUUUGCCAAGUCUACGGACCUACAGCAUCAACUGGACAAAUCCAAACAGCAGCACCAAGAACUUCAAACGCUUCAGCAGAGCACCAAUGGCAAACUUAGAGAAGCACAGAACGAUCUGGAGCAGGUGUUACGUCAGAUCGGGGACAAGGACCAGAAGAUCCAGAAUCUUGAGGCUUUGCUGCAAAAGAGCAAGGACAGCGUGAGCCAGCUGGAGGCUGAGAGAGAGGAUCUAUGUGCCAAGAUCCAGGCAGGAGAAGGAGAGGCAGCUGUGCUUAACCAACUAAAGGAGAAAAAUCACUCGCUACAAGAACAGAUCACACAGUUGACUGACAAGCUCAAGAACCAAUCGGAGAGCCACAAACAGGCUCAGGAUAACCUUCAUGAGCAGGUGCAAGAGCAAAAGACCCACCUGCGUGCGGCACAAGACCGCUGCCAGGGUCUAGAGACCAACAUCUCUGAACUCAACACUCAGCUCAUAGAGAGCAAAGAGAAGAUAGCCCAGCUGGACACACAGUUGAAAGCCAAGACAGAGAUGCUGCUGGCUGCAGAAGCAGCAAAAAGUGCCCAACGUGCUGACUUGCAAAACCACCUGGAGACAGCCCAGAAUGCAUUGCAGGACAAGCAACUAGAGUUGAGUAAAAUCCAGGCUCACCUGGAGGAGCAGGGUCGCAGGCUGCAGGAGAAACAGGAGCAGUGUUCUCAACUGGAGGCGAGUGUGAAGGACAGCAGAGACAAACUGCUGACUGCAGAACAGAGGAUGGAGACACUGGAGACCCAGACCAAGAAAGCAGACGUUGAGUUAACGGAGCUUCGCUCUGGAAGGGAACAGUCUCAGAACGAGCAGCAGAAGCUGAAGAAACAAGUCAGUGAGCUGGAGUUGAAGAUGAAGGAGCUGCACCAUCUGUUAGAGUCGGAGAAGCAAGGAGCUGCCACCCAACAAGAGGAGUUGAAGAAGAAAACCUCAGCUCUCUCUGAAACAAGACAACAGCUGGAGAAGGCAGAGGAGAAGAGUGGAAGCUUGCAGGCCAGCUUGGAUAAGCUUUCUCAGGAGGGUCAGACACGACAGGCAGAACUGGAUAAAAAAAUCCAGAGUCUGGGUACAGAGCUUAAGAAGACCCAGGAGGAAAAAGAUGCUCUGACUAAAGAGAUGGCAACGGUGAAAGAGGCUCUGAGCACAUCUUCUAAAGCUCUGAAAGAAAGCCGGAGUCAACUGGAGAAAGAGAAGAAGUACAGCAAAGCCAUUCUGGAGGAGAAGGAGAAGUAUUAUCAGAAAACACAGCAAGAGCUUCAAAAAAAUGCUGAGACUACUUCGAAAGAGCUCGGUGAUGUCAAAGGUCAGCUAGAGAAAUCAAAGGAGGCAGAGAAGAGCUUGCAGUCUCAGGUGACCACACUGAGCGCCCAGCUGAAGCAGUCUCAAGACGCACUGAAAGAGAAGGAGAAGAGUACACAGCAGCUACAGGCACAGCUCAAGACCUCCCAGGGGUCCUUCAGCCAGGAAGUGAAGAAACUUGAGGCACAAGUGUCCGAGAUGCAGGCCACCCUCACUAAAAAGGCCGAGGAGGAGGCCAAGAUUAAAGAGCAAGUGACGACAUUGUCUAAAGAUCUUAAUUCGGAAAAGAAUCGCUGCGCAGAGCUGCAGACAACUAGCGACAGCGUCACAAAGAGUCUCACCGCGCUUCAGUCGGAUUACUACGGCAAAGAGUCGGAGCUCUCUGCUGUACACCAGGACCUGAAGGUGUGUGAGGAGAAGCUGGUUCUUGCUCAAGAGGAGCUGGUGACCAACAGGAACCAGUUAGGUUCUCUUGAAACCCAGAUCCAGGAAUUAAAGACAGGUCAUGCGGCACUGGAGAAAGACCUCGGCAAGAAAGAUGAAAAAAUCAAAAAGCAGAUGGAGGCUCUCCAAAAGCUCCAGAAACAACAGGAGGUUACUGGGGAGCAGCUGAAGAAGGAAAAGGUUCAGUGCGAGGAGCUAAGAGAGCGUCAAAACGUUCUGGAAAAGGACAAGAACAAACUGAGUGCUGAUCUCAAAUCGUUGGGAGAGAAAAAUGAGAAGGAGCUGAAGGAGCUUCAGGCAGCAAAGCAGCUGUUGAUGCAGCAGAAGGUGGAGCUUCAGGGGAAGGUGGAGGCGGCUCAGGCAUCUCUGGAGCAGGAGCAGAGAGAUCACCAGAAGACCAGAGACUCCAUCAAACACAUGCAUCAGCAGCUUAAAGCUGAGAGCGACAAACUACAGAAGCAACUGGCAUCAGAAGCGAAGGCUAAAGAGGAGAUGGAGAAGCAAAGGGAGGAGGCGGAGCUGAAGCUGUCCAUGCAGGUUACGGCAUUGAACGAGAACGUAGCCACGCUGAAACGAGAGUGGCAGGGGAGCCAACGUCGGGUCGGCGAGCUGGAGAAACAGACGGAUGAACUGAGGGGCGAGAUCGCCGUGCUCGAGGCCACCGUCCAGAACAACCAGGAUGAGAGACGUGCACUGCUGGAGAGAUGUGUCAAGGGGGAGGGGGAGAUCGAGAAGCUUCAGGCAAAAAUGUUAGAGGUGCGCAGGAAGCUGGAUGACACCACAGCCGCCAUGCAGGAGCUCGGCCGUGAGAACCAGUCUUUACAGAUUAAACAGUCACAAUCCCUAACACGGAAGUGGACGGAAGAUCAUGAAGUACAAAACUGUAUGGCCUGUGGGAAAGGCUUCUCUGUCACUGUCAGAAGGCACCAUUGUCGACACUGCGGUAACAUCUUCUGCGCGGAGUGCUCUGCACAUAACGCCAUGACACCCUCUUCCAAAAAGCCUGUUCGAGUGUGCGAUACUUGCUUUGAGGAAUUGCACGGCUGAUGGCUCAUCUGCAGUCCUCUCUGCCCUUCCCAUCAUGACCUCACCCCAGAACGGAUGGGCGCGUGAUGAGAAAGGUCGGGGUGAGGACAGGACACAGGACUGCAAGAGCCACUGACUAACAGUGGCCAUGUUAUCCAGCCAAUCGGAGGAAGGGAACACUAAACUAGACUGAUCAGAGAGCCUGUCCUCAUCUGUACAGUGCCUUUGACCUCUUCACACACACACACACACACACACACACACACACACAGAGGAAUCAAAAGGGAUGGGCUGGACCGACCGAAGCAACGGGCCCUUUUUUUUGUUGUGUAGUUUGCAAAUAUAUAACAGAUGGAGGUUCUAUCAAAACUUUAUUAAGGUUAUGUGCUAUAGUACUGCUGAUGUCUGUUUCUGCAAAAUUGAAGUUAUGUUUUAAAGCAAAAGUAUUGAGUGGGGGCAGAUGAAAUGCCAAUUGAAAACAAUGGUCAAGCGUCUAUUGUAAGAUCUCAUUGUAUUUUGAGAAUCUGAAUAGAACCAAAGCUCUCUACCGGAUCCUUUGAUAUGUUAUUUGUAAAGUAAAUGUACAGGCAAAGGCAUACGCGUAUGUGCAUAAUUCAAAUAAUAUUUACAUUUCGUGGGCGGUAACAUUUGUCAGUCAAUGUGGGCAUGUUUUACGUACGGUAUGGGGCUCUAAUGAACUGUACAUGCUGUGCUGCUCAGAUGUCUAUUUAAACAAAACACUUGGGUGUUUUUACAUUCAUCACUAAUAGAAGUAUUUGUUUGAUUGUUUUUGCUCAUUUAUGCGGGAAAACUUUGUCUUUAUUUUGUUUGUUUUUUAAUCCAUUGUACAUGUCAGAUGUAAGUAACCUGCUUUUUGAGCAAUAAUUGUGCUUUGGAUGUGGUGGUGUGUGCCAUCAUAUUGAAAAUGAAUGACAGACUGUCGUGUUUAAAAUUUCACCUACAACAAGCAGAAUUUAUUUUUAGCCGAAUUUGAUCCCAAGUGAGCGGACUGUGAUACUAACUGCUGUAAAGUGUUUGUGGAUGUUUUGAUGGUCGAUUGAUGGCACUGUUAGUUUUCUGUCCAUGUGAUUCUGAGGUAUUGAUUAUUGUAUAUUGAGAGGCAUAAUGAAUUUGUUUCUUAAAAUCUGGACCGUGCCGUGUCUCGGGAUGUUAUGGGUGCUUCAUCACCAGCUCAGUCAAGUCACAUAACUUCAGCAAAUGUACUUCUUGUAAUAGUUUGAUGCCCCUUUAAUAUUCAUUGUAUCACAGAUGCUGCCACUCAGUGCCAUAUAACUGGUGCCCUCACUACAGAACCAUAUACUUGAUGACAUCACUUUCUUCUUCUUUAACCAUUAACUACGCUGUAAUUAUAAGCAAUGCGUUUUUAGCACGUUCAGGUUGUGCAAUUUGCAAAAUGUACUUUGUGACCGUAUGCAAAAUGUAUCACUUAUAACGUAAGUUUUUGGAAAAACACUACACGCUAACAGUAUCUGUUAUGUGGUUUGUCACGCAUUAUCUAUUGAGUGACUCACGGUUGACCAUUCCCUCAACAGCAGCAUGACAUUCAUAUUGUAGUAGUGGUAAUGUAGGUGUGCCUUAUGUCUCUGUCAUCUUUGCACUUUUUGCAGAAGUUUCCCAACAGGCAAAACCUGAUCAGAUACAUGUUGAUUUAUCAUUUUUCUACAUAUGUGUAAUGCGGAAGCAUUGUCAGAGAUUGAUCUUUAAAUUAAAUUUCAGAUCUAAAAUAGAAUAACGUGACAUAUCUCUGAAACGUCACACAUUUAAGAUGAUUUUAAGGUGAAUUACCUUGCCAGAAUUGCCAUGCGCUCAUCUAAACAACUCUCAUUAUGGGAACAAGUGCACUACUUGGUUACCAUAACUGAUGUUAUGCCAGAGAAAAAAAUGUUCAGAGCUAUUAUAUGUGUUUUCUAAUUUUUCAUCGAGUAAAUAAUAAACUAGUUGUUUCUAUUUUCA